AUGCCCAUACCCAAGAAAAUUCUCGAGCAAAUCAAGCAGCUAAUACCUCCGCUCAACGGCACCCUCCACAAAGGCCAGUCCGGUCGUGUUGGCGUCCUCGGAGGUGCCCUUGACUACACCGGCGCACCAUUCUUUGCCGCCAUCUCCGCCCUCCGUAUCGGAGCAGACCUUUCGCAUGUUAUCUGCUCGCCAACCGCUGCCGGAGCGAUCAAGUCAUACUCUCCUGACCUGAUCGUGCACCCUGUUCUCAGAGAAGACACGACGCCACAAACUCUACGUCCCACGCUCUCUGAGCUCCUCGGUCGCCUACAUGUCCUCGUAAUAGGUCCAGGGCUCGGGCGAGAAGAUUACAUGCAGAACUUUGCCAAACUGGCACUGAACAUCGCGAAAGAACAGGGCAUGUUUGUCGUCCUUGACGCGGAUGCGCUAUGGCUGAUCGGACAGGAUACAUCUCUCAUACACGGAUACCGCCGCGCCGUUCUUACUCCCAACGUUGUCGAGUUUAAGCGGCUGAGCGAGAACGUUAAAGUCGACCCAUCAACUCCCGCGGAUGAGCGCGCCUCCCGCGUCUCCCGCGCUCUCGGCGGGGUGACCGUUCUCCAAAAGGGUGCGGAAGACAUUAUCUGCACGAACACCGGCCCCGCAAGCGCCGCCGACGCACGGCUCAGCCAAGUUCCCGAAGGCGAGUCUGCAGAGGAGCAGCUGCACGUAGACGUGCCCGGCGGGCUGAAGCGCUGCGGAGGGCAGGGCGACAUCCUCGGCGGGACCGUCGGCGCUGCGCUCGCGUGGGGAAAGUGCUACCUGGACGGUGCAUUCGGUGAUAAGACGGUCCCGGCGUCGCGCGUCCCGCUACUGGCGGCUGUUGCAGGCUCUAUGGUCACACGGACGGCGUCGAGGAGGGCAUUUGCGAAGCAGGGAAGAGGUGUUGUUACGCAGGAUAUGCUGGGAGAGAUUGGGGGUGCGUUCGCGGAGUUGUUUGGGGCUGUUGGCGAGAAGGGGUGGGGUGUGCCCACGGACGCUGGAGAAGCGAAGAGCGAGGGUCGUCUGUGA